CAAACAAAGAAGUUCUGCUUCCAACUAGCACAGAUAAACAGGUUUUCAUUUCCAAUCAAAACUCAUCUCUCUAAUGGCAACAGUACCAUGCCUAAUACUCUUCUUUCUGGUCUCCUUUUCCAUCUCAACCCCAUCUGCAUCUGUCAAGGACGAGUUGACAGCUUACGAAGCACUCGAAGAGUAUGACUUCCCAGUUGGCAUCCUUCCCAAAGGCGUGCUAAGCUACGAGCUAGACAAUUCCACAGGUGAAUUCUCAGUCUACUUGAAUGGCUCUUGUACCUUUUCUAUUGAUUCAUAUGAGCUCAAGUACAAGUCCACCAUAACCGGUGUGAUCACCAACGACAAGAUCUCGAGCUUGAGUGGUAUCAAGGUCAAGGUGCUGUUCCUAUGGUUGAGCAUUGUCACAGUUGUUCGAGACGACGAUGAGAUCGAGUUCUCUGUUGGUAUCGCCUCCGCGGACUUCGCGGUCAGUAAUUUUGUGGAGAGCCCGACGUGCGGAUGUGGGUUUGAUUGUGUCAAUGUGGAUGGAAGGAAGAUCAAGUUUGAUGAUCAGUCACAACUGUCCUCUGCUUAAGCAUUAGUUUUCAAAUUAUGUUGGAUCCGAUUGUAAUUUGGGAACCAAUGUAGGCAUUGUAACCGAUUUAAAUGAGUGAAAUGGGUUUGUUUAAAUCACUAGUGUUGCUUACCUG